GGCUGAAAACAAUGAAAAAUUGGGAUUCCCUUUCAUAAAUUCCCCCAAACGGGAUACGGCGGGCUGAGAAAAUUGGCGGUAGCCACGCUAAUUCUUCCCUCCUUUGCCCGCCAAAAAGAAAUACAACUUUGUGAUAACGCACAAAAUUCCCCGACUCAACAGAGACGGGAAACAAAAUGGAACCUGCAAAAGCAGCGCCCACUGGUUGCUACAAGUGUGGGCGGCCAGGCCACUGGUCGCGCGAUUGCCCUGAUUCAAACCCAAACCCUAACUCUAAUCCUCCCUCAAAAUCUACCAAUCUCAGCUCUUCGAAUUCUUCCAGAUCUUUCCCUAUCAAGUCCGAUAUUAGCAAUUCAAAACCUGUAGCAGAGAAGCCAAAGAAGGCGCCAAGAAGCAGGCCGAAACUCACCCCUGAGAUUCUUCUCGGCGAUGAUGGCCUCGGCUAUGUUCUUCGCCAUUUCCCUCGCCAUUUUAUGUAUCGUGGCCGCGGACACGAGGUAAGAGAUUUAGGGAAUCUAAUUCGCUUAUAUAGUGAAUGGCACUCUCGCUUGCUCCCUUAUUACUCCUUUGAUGAAUUUGUUCAUAAGGUGGAACAAGUUGCGGCCACAAGGUGUGUCAAGAUAUGCCUCAGAGAUUUAAGAGAAAGAGUUGCCAGUGGAGGGGAUCCAAAAAAGUUGCAUGAAUCAGCGACUGAACAUGUUGGACCAAGCCUUGAACAAGGUCAUUCAGCUCCUGAUGAAGCUGUGGGAUUGCAUCAACAGGGAGAUCAACAUUUGAGGAACUAUGGUGCAGAUGGAGUACAAGAAGACAUGCUUCAUGAGAGUGAUGAUAGAGCUACUGAAGAACCAUCUCAUACUGGCAUGGAGCCACCAGCUCAAAAUAAUAUUGUUGGCUUGGCCAAUGAAGUUUUGAUUACAGAUGAACAAAGAGCUCGCAUGGAAGCUAACAGGUUGAAGGCAUUAGAAAGAGCUGCAGCUCGGGCCCGUUCAUUGCAGUCGAGCUGACUUAUGUUUAUUUUUUAUUUGUGAAUUUGAACUCCGUUCAAGUAGCUCAAAGAGGUUCCUAAAUGAUUAGUAGAACUCCUAAAGUUUAAUGCAAACGACACCCACAUUGGAUGGUGGUUUUUAA